UCAUACAGUUGUGUAAGUGCGUGCGCCGGCGCGUGCGUGUAGAAGCGCGAGCCACGCCACCGCCGGAGAGGGGUUCCCCUUUCCAGUACGCACAGAGCAGGGAGGCUGACGGAGGCUUUUUAACGUGUGAAAACUCGAUCAACAAACAACGAGGAAGUACCGCAGCGGUGCGACUGAAUACACAAACUGAACUUUCUCAAAGUGAAAUGACCAGAUUUGAAAGUUAAAGUGAGUCGGAUUUGCGCCUCUCCUCGAUCGUGCGCUCUCGCGACGGAUUUAGGUCUCUAAUGCCCAAAGAGUGCAGGAGAAAGAGCUCCAAGGUGUCCGUGCUUUCCGGGACUGGAAUAAACGAGGGGCCGCGAUUGGAGAGAAGAACAUCCCACAUUUGUGAUGAUCUCAUUCAGAAUGCCGCUCAAAUCGCUCCGUCGUCCGCAACCGGAGCACCGACUGUGAUGGAUGCGCGCCGGCUACCGCAGGUCACCAUCACCCCGGAGGCAGGCGGCUCCUCGCGGGAGAUGCAGCAAGAGGACUGGGAUGAUGCUGUGGACGGGACCCUGCGCAGGCAACUAUCCAACUCCUCGAUCUCCUCCACAGGCUCCUCUGCUGUGGAGUCCGAGGAUGAUUUACUCAGCGACAAUGAAAGCAAAAGCAAAGGCAUCAUCACUUUAGAGCAUCUGGUGGACACUGGAGAGAGCAAGCCGUGGUGGAAGUUGAAGACAAUCGUCAACUGGCCCUUCAGUGUUACGCAGAGGAGAAAACUGAACUGGGUUCAGCUAGCCGGGCAUAAAGGUAACUUCAAAGCUGCAGAUGAGGGCAACAUCCUGAAGAAGUUUUCGGAAAACGAGAUGCAGUGUUUUGUGAAGCUGAGGGAUGACGCGCUGCUCCCGUUUGUGCCCGGAUACCACGGCACUGUGGAAAAAGAUGGAGAGUCUUUCCUUCAUAUGACUGACCUGCUGGUAAACUUUGACCUUCCCAAUGUCAUGGACUGCAAGAUGGGAGUGAGGACGUACUUGGAAGAGGAGCUUGUUCGGGCACGGGAACGGCCCAAGCCGCGGGAAGACCUGUACAGAAAAAUGGUGGAGGUGGACAGCGAAGGGCCGACUCCCCAGGAGCAUUCCCAACAAGGUGUCACCAAGCCUCGCUACAUGCAGUGGAGGGAGACCAUGAGCUCCACAAACACCCUGGGCUUCAGGAUAGAAGGGAUAAAGAAAAGUGAUGGUACGUGUCGGACUAACUUCAAGAAAACCAGAUCGAAGCAGGAUGUCAUCCAGGUGUUCAAGGACUUUGUUGGAGGGAACGUCGACAUCAUAAAGUCUUACCUGAGCCGGCUGACGGAGAUCCAGCAGGCCAUGAAGAAGUCAGAGUUCUUCAAGCAACACGAGGUCAUUGGCAGCUCACUCCUCUUUAUCCAUGACCACACAAGAAAGGCACAGGUCUGGAUCAUUGACUUUGGCAAGACCACGGCGUUACCAGAGGGCCAAACGUUAAACCAUGACAUUCCCUGGCAGGAAGGCAACCGGGAGGAUGGCUACCUGUGGGGGCUGGAAAACCUCAUCCAAACUCUGGAGUCUGUAAGCAGUGAAGGGAUGGGCGAAGUUACCAAAGAAAAUAGCCAAACUACAGAAACAGAUGGUCAGUGACUUUGACUUGUAGAUGCGGGAGAGGUCAAACUAUUAUUAUGGACAAGACAGAAAGACACUUAGGGAGGUUUCAUAUAUGUUGAUUUGCUUUGGGUGCUUGGUGAUAAAUGUUAAAAAGAGUGCAGAAAUAAUACAAGAAAGAACACUUUGUGUAGCCCAAGAGGAGCUUUAUAAAGCCACUGACAGGAAAGAAACGAUAGACACUGAACUGAGAGGAGCAGAGAAUUUGUCACUAGUUACUGAACGAUUGAGCAAAUGAACUGACACUAAUUCAACUUCAUACAAAAGGAACAGAAGUGAAAGUGUAGGGAUUCUGCAUUUCAGUUUCAGGGACGAGGUGUUUCAUGUAAAGGAAAUGCUCAUGAAAUUAAAGAUGAGCAAUCUCAAGUUCGUGGACCUCCUUAUUAACAUCUAACCCUAUGUUACACCUGUAAGUGUAAAAUAAAAUGAGAAAUUCUGUGCAGUAUGUAACUCAGAGACCUCACAGUCAUAUGACUACAACACAUACCGCAACACAUUGUCAAUAUAGUUCUGCAGCAUAAUGGUUAACGUGUAUUAUCUGUCACUGUACUGACAAACUCAUUUAUUGUAUAUCAAUUUAUAUUUCUAUCACUGAUUUUAUUCCUGUAAUCAAACUUGUAAUUAUUUUCAUAUCUUUGUUUCAUAUCUUUUUGGGACAGAGAUAACUGAAAGUGUAUAUGGAAUAAAAAAGGCAAAUACU